ACCAGGAACAACUUCGUCUGCUCAUUUUUAUCUUUAAGAAAAGGGUUAGGUUCGGUCCCGAAAUCUCUAGGCUUUAGCGCACCCAACCACUUCUCCUUCUCAAGUUACCUCUCUCCGGAGUCUAAACCCUCGAGAGAAGAAGCUACUUGUAGGCUCGUACUCUCUCUAUCUCUCUCAGAGUCUCUGGUGUAUUUAGUUGUAUUAUAGGUGGAGGCGGGUUUUCCCAAGACUGCCUAUCACUCCAAACGAGAAACCGCUUUGUUCAUUCUAUCAUCUUUUCCUUUGAACCAAAAAUUCUUUAUCUUCUCCUCUUUUUCCCUAGUAACCAUCUUUCCCAUCUCCACAAGGAGGAUUGUAUUCUAUUUGUUUCCUUCUGUUGUAUAGAAUCCAAAUGGGUUCCCAAAAGGCCAAGGCAUAGCAAUGGAUAUUUGGGUUCCAUAGCAGCAAAAAUGCUUUCUUUAAGGGAUUUUUGGAGAAGGCACAGGAGGAAGAUUUUUGUUACAGUUGGAGUUUUAGGAAGUGGGUAUCUUCUAUAUAAGCUUUAUGAUGCUAACAGGCGUAGGGACGCUGAUCUGGAGAGAGUAUUCGCUGAGCGGGAAAAAUUCAUUAAGGCCCAAAUGCAAGCCCAUUUUGAAAAUAUUCAAAAAAUAGCUGAUACGACAACGUUGCCUCAUGUGAUGAAUUAUUUAAGUAGUCAAAUUGCAGAAGAAUUGGACCAUUCUCAGCUUAUAGAGAGGCUCCAGAAAGCGAAGGGUCAACCAAACAGUUUGACACCUUCAGAGAAACUUGAAUUAUGGGAUAGACUCAAAAUUCUAAGUUUCACAAGAAUGGUGUUGUCCCUAUGGGCAAUGACAAUGCUGAGCUUAUACAUUAGAGUUCAGGUCAACAUAUUGGGGAGAUAUUUAUAUAUUGAUACUGCACGUAUUCUUGGAAGCUCUUAUUCACUUGAGAAUGAUGAUAUCAUUGACAGGGAUGACGAGCAGAAGUUUCUGGCUAGUGCUGAUUUUCUCUCAAAUCGUGGUAUGCCCACCUUGAUUUCUGACAUGCAAACAGCGGCAAUAGAAGUUCUCAAGGGAAAGCAGGUUGCGUUGGAUUUCUUCAACACUACAGCACUUCAUGAAACUACCAUGCAGAUACUUGAAAGGUUCAAGAGCAUCAGAAGCCCUCAUCACUGGGUAAACUACAUUAUGCCUGAGGAUGCUAUAUUCUACCCCAGCAGUGACAACAAAAUUCCUUCUGAUGUGACCAAAUUCGACAAACUUAUGGUGGAGACACGCUCAGUCUUGGCAAGUGCUGAAUUUGGGAGUGUUGUUGAGAAAUCAUUGAAGGAAGUGCUGGAUGCACUAGUGGAGGAUCUGGCGGCUCAAUCUGGAGGCAGUCUAACAUCAGGGAUGCUACUGGCCAAAAUUCUGCCAAGAGUUGCACAGAUGGGCCCCAUACUCCUAAACGAGCCUAGUAAAAACCGUUACAUCCAAAUUAUUCAAAGCAUUCCAGAAGUUGAACUCUUUUUCACUCUUAUCUAUACAAAUAUGCCUACCUCAUAGACUAGUGCUUGAGCAUAAUUGCAUCUUUAUGGACAUCUAGAUUUCAUUACAUCAAUGUAAAAAAUUUGAAUGAGGCUGAGUUUGGGUAUUCAAUAUUUUCUACAAUUUGAGAGGGGAAUGAAAGAGAAAGAUAAGGUUGAUCA